AUGCGGGUUACAUUCCUCCAACUUCUGCUUCUUUCUAUUCUAAUCCCUCUUGCUAAUUGCCAAUGGACAACAGAGGAUCUCGCAUUGUACGAUUUAGUAGAGGAAGUUGGAGUCAACUUCUACGAAUGGUUCGAUAUUCCACGUGAUGCCACGUCGAAUCAAGUCAAAAAAGCUUAUCGAAAACUGACUUUAGAGUGGCAUCCGGAUAGGAAUUCAGCACCAGAUGCCACUGAGAAAUUCAGACAAGUUGCUGGUAUUUAUGAGGUGUUGAAGACGGCGGAGCUACGAGAGAAAUAUGAUAAUAUACUGGAGAAUGGGCUACCGUCGUGGAGACAACCAUUGUAUUACUACAGACGAAUGCGAAAACUGGCAUGGUACGAGAGUAUUCUCGUCCUACUCUUCAUAGGAACCAUUGCUCAUUACCUUAUGAUGUGGGCCGCCUAUUUCGAAAAGACUCUUGUCUAUAAACAAAAUGUAAAAAAGUCAAGAAAAGGAAAGAAAGAAGAUCCAGCAGAGAUCGAUAAACAAAUGAAGGAAGCACUUGAAGAAUUCAUUCCGAAAUAUUCUGAAUUACUUCCGAUUAUUCUCGCAAAAGGUACAGUAAACCUCUGUAAAAACUUGUUUUUGACUGCAAAAGAUGCUAUGACAAAGCAGGAUCCGAUUGAAGAAGAACCAACAGAAGAAGAGUUGGCACAACUGAGAAGACAAGAGAAACGGGCGGCCGCAGCUCCACAGCAACCAGAAUUCAAAUUUGAAGUGGCUCAAGGGUUGAAGGCUGUUUCGACGAAUGAUCCAGAAAUGGAGAAGAAAUAUGCAAAAGAGUGUGAAGUUGUAUCACAGAAACAAUCUGGAAGCUCUUGGACGCCUGACGAACUCGCUCAAUUGGUGCGAUUGAGUACAGAAAAGUAUCCUGCUGGAACACCGAAUCGAUGGGAACAAAUGGGUCGAGUACUGAAUAGAACAGCUGAAGAUGUGAUAGCAAUGGCUGGAAAAAUGAAACAAAUGAAACAAGAGGACUACACGAAACUUCUGAUGACAACGAUUCAACAAUCAGUUCCAUCGGAAGAGAAAUCAGAAGAUGAUUGGAGUCAAACGGAGCAGAAAGCAUUCGAGCUGGCACUGCAGAAAUAUCCAAAAGGAACUGAUGAAAGAUGGGAAAGAAUAUCGGAGGAGAUCGGUACAAAAACCAAGAAACAAGUGAUGGUUCGAUUCAAACAAUUGGCUGAAAUGAUUCGAAAGAAGAAAUCUGAAAACUGA